GUUUGCUGAAUAAUACUGUAGUUUCAAUCAUAGGAUACUUAAUAAUGUUCAGUGAGUUUUGCAUCGAAGAUCUUAGCUUAUCAUUGAAUGUCAUCAAAGACAACAACAGCAACACCGCCAACAAUGCCAUCAUCACUGUCGGCAACAAUGGCAACAAACCGAUGAGGAAUGGGAUCGACUAUAAUGGAGUCAUUGGGAAACUAUGCGACAAAUACCGGCACCAAAUGAUGGCAUUCAUGAAAUCUGUGCCACACAUGACACCCACACCUUUCGAGUUGAAUGUCAGACACAAUAAAGUGAAACAUCAUCUGAUCAGUCAAUUGCAAGAGUUUCAUAUGAAUAGCAAAUCAAUUUGCAUCAACAAUAAUAUCAAUAAUAGCAAUCAUAUUGUUAUUAUUAGUAAUGAUAAUACUAAUAAUAAUAAUGAAAAUCAAAUUAAUAAUUGUAAUAAUAUUAAUAAUAAUGACAACAAUGUUGUCGCCAACGGCCGGAUCAGCGAUGAGUUGGCUAUACGACAGGCUGUCGAGCGAUGCGAUAAUGAAUUGGACAUUAUAUUCAAAGAGUUGGCCAAAGAUAACCGUUUGGAGUAUAGGAAGUGUCAGUUAGGGUUUACCAUUGGCUGGAAGUGUAAUGUCAAUCAACCAAACUAUUCGUAUAAGAUGUUUGACGACAGGUUUUAAUAGAUUUUUUUUUGUCUGUUUCUGGUUUUGCGGUCGAAAUCCAAAACAACCAAAAAAAAAACUUUCAUUAGAUGUCUGCAAAAAAAUGUUUAAUUAGUCAUAUAUUAUAAUAAUCAGACAUCUGUAUUAUACA